GAUUUUCACUAGAGUGUUAGGGUUAGGGUUACUCCGUCCCGAACCCUGACCCUAAAACCCUAACCCUAACACCCUAGUGAAGAUCGUGCGGGUGUUAAUCUGAAAAAUUACCGAAGUUUACGUGAAAUACAAGAACCAAACCCAGAAGCAUGUGCAUUUUAUUUAUUUAUUUUUCGCGGAAAAAUACUUUCUCUUGGUGAUCACUGGCAGAUGUGUAAAGAAAUAGAAAUAAUUUAAUUUGAGCUUGAGAAGCACCCGCGGAAGUAGCUAGCACUUGUAGAAAAGUUUUCAGUAAAAAAAUUGCUGGAGAGUUAAAAUGAGUACGGAUAAUAAAGUACCUGCCAAGGUGCAGAUAUUUCAAAAUAUUAGUGCAGAUGACCCUGAUGUCACUGAAAUUGAAAGCUAUUGUGUCAAUUGUGAAUUACAGGGCAAAACCAAAAUCUUACUCACUAAAAUUCCAUUUUUCAAAGAAGUGAUUAUUAUGUCAUUUAACUGUGAUCAUUGUGGAUUUCAUAACAAUGAGCUAAAGCCAGGUGCAGCUAUACAACAACUAGGUGUGCAGUACAAAGUUCGAAUUACUUCUAAGAAGGAUUUAAACCGGCAAGUUAUUCAAACUGAUUCUGCUACAAUAAGAAUACCAGAACUAGACUUUGAAAUUCCACCAGGGAAAGGAAGCAUAACAAACAUUGAAGGUUUGAUAGCAAAUGCAAUAACAGGAAUUGAGUUCCAACAACCCCUCCGAAAAAUACAACAUCCUGAAUUAGCAGAACAAUUAGAUGCAUUUGUCAUUAAGUUGAAGAAACUUCUUGAAAUGGAAGAACCAUUUACACUUAUUAUUGAUGAUCCCAGUGGUAACAGCUUUGUGGAGAAUCCUCAUGCUCCAAACAAAGAUACAGAAAUGGUUGUGCACAACUUUAAAAGGUCUGCUGAACAGAAUGUAUCACUUGGCAUACCACCUGAAGAAGAUGAUCGGAGUGUUGUUGCAAGUGCUGGAAUUCCUGCUGACAGUACUUUGAACCUUAAAGAUGAGGUGUUAUCCUUUGACAUAAAUUGUCCUAACUGCAAUGCAUUGUGUUCUACUAACAUGAAAUUAAUCAAUAUUCCUCACUUUAAGGAAGUUGUUAUAAUGGCUACAACUUGUGAUCAAUGUGGCCAUCGUGAUAAUGAAGUUAAAAGUAGUGGUGCCAUAGAACCAAAAGGGAAACACUUGGAUUUGAGAAUACGAACAAUUUCUGAUCUGUCUCGAGAUGUCUUGAAGAGUGAAACCAGCAGCAUUUCUAUUCCAGAACUUGACCUUGAAGCUACGAUUGGUUCUUUAGGAGGAAAGUUUACAACAGUUGAAGGUUUACUUACUGAUAUAAAGGACUCACUGUCAAAGAACAAUCCCUUUUGCUUUGGUGACUCUGCUCAGGAAGAUACAAAAGCAAAACUGAAUGAAUUCAGUAAUAACAUUUCCGAGAUUAUAUCAGGAGAAAAGCUUAAUGUCCAUUUGAUCCUUGAUGAUCCUGCAGGCAAUAGUUAUAUCCAGGAUUUAUGUUUUCCUGAAGAAGACCCUGACCUUAAAAUCACAUAUUAUGAAAGGAAUUUUGAACAGAAUGAAAGUCUAGGCUUAAAUGAUAUGAAAACUGAGAAUUAUUAAGAAGAUUUAAUGCACUAAAUCAUAUCCAUUUUGAUUUUAAAAUACUAUAAAGUUGCUUAUUGGUUUUAAAGAUAUUUGUUCUUAUCUUUAUUCAUAGCUUACAAUCAGUGUGAAAUCUUAGUUAUGUUAUCUCUUAUGUUAAUUAUUUGCAAACCUUUUCUUUUACCAAUGUAAGUUGUUUGCUGACUGCAUUAUGUUAUGGAUUGAAUAAAAUCUUUGAUGUCAGAG